AUAGCUAGAGAACGUGCGAAAUGUUAACGACCGCUUUUCUAUCUCGCUCCCACUCGAUUGUUUAUCGCAUAUGCAUUUUUAUAAAAUUUCUUUUAUCACGUGCAUGCCAGUGCGUACGUGCGUGAUUAAUGAGAUAUUUGAAAGAGUGGAUUGGAGUGGAUAUUAGCGCAAUUACCUUAUAAAUUUUAUCAGUAUUUAUCUCCGUAUAUAUGUAGUAGAACACAUUUCGCAUGAGAUUACAGCCACAUCAAUUGUAAUGUGGCGAAUGGUGACGAAGUGAUUUCAAGAGCGUUACAUACGCAUUUAUUUCUUGCCUUGUCGUUGACAAUGUCACUUGGAUUUAGCCAUCACUGGGAUUAAUAUUUCACCUUUUGUACAAAAAUCGUCAUAGAAGAAUGGGUCAACGAGUCUCAAGAACGGAUUUCGAAUGGGUUUAUACGGAGGAACCGCAUGCCUCGCGGCGUAAAAUAAUUCUAGAGAAAUAUCCACAAAUUAAGCAGUUGUUUGGAUAUGAUCGAAAUUUCAAAUGGGUUGUUACUGGGAUGGUAUUAAUACAGUUCCUAUCAUUCUUUAUUGUUAAAGAUUUGAGCUAUCCCAAACUCUUGCUAUUAGCAUAUUGCUUUGGAGGUGUAAUAAACCACUCUCUUAUGCUUGCAAUACAUGAAAUAUCUCAUAAUCUUGCCUUUGGACAUGCCAGGCCUAUGGCUAAUCGAGUAUUUGGUUUUUUUGCAAAUCUGCCAAUAGGAAUACCUGUAUCUAUCAGUUUUAAGAAAUAUCAUCUUGAGCACCAUCGUUAUCAGGGAGAUGAAAAAUUAGAUACUGACUUACCAACAUUAUUAGAAGCGAAAUUAUUUUGUACAACUUUUGGGAAGUUUUGUUGGGUACUGUUACAACCUUUUUUUUAUUCAUUUCGACCUCUUGUAACUUAUCCAAAAGCACCAACUUCAUUAGAAUAUAUAAAUUUAGUUAUACAAUUGAUAUUUGAUGGUUGCGUAUGGUAUUUUUUCGGUGGUAAAGUACUAUUUUAUUUGCUUUUUGGCUCUGUUAUGGCAAUGGGAUUACAUCCUGUAGCAGGUCACUUUAUAUCCGAACAUUACAUGUACAAAAAAGGUUUUGAAACUUACAGCUAUUAUGGUCCUUUAAAUUUCAUUACUUUCAAUGUUGGAUACCACAAUGAGCACCAUGACUUUCCUGCAGUGCCUGGUUCGAGAUUACCAGAAGUAAAACGUAUAGCCGCAGAAUUUUACAAUGAUUUACCACAGCACAAUUCAUGGGUUUCUGUUUUGUAUGAUUUUGUGAUGGAUCCUGAAAUUGGGCCAUAUGCAAGAACGAAGAGAAGGCAUCGAGGAUUAAAUUGACAAAUUUUCUAAUUCUUCUUAGUUUUUCUAAAAAUGUACUACAUAAGAUUUAUACAUCACUAAUUCUGCAUAUUGUUAUGCAGAAUUGCAUAUUAUAACACAAUUUAAAAAUUGUAGUAUUGGGAAAUGUGAGAGUUACAUGAGAAACUUGUAAGCAUGUUGCGUGCAUUGUAAUAUAAAAUUUCAGAAAAAUUUAGAGAUGAUAUAUUAAUCUAUGGGCAAAUAAUUUUUCGAUAUUUUCACUAAAUUGUUUUCACGAAGGUUUUUAGAUCUAGUUUUCAUGGAAGUCUAUUUCUUGAAAUUU